AUGGCGCUCCAUCAGUACGAUUACCUCCUUGCCGUUGGCACAAUCUUUGCUUUCCUCGAUGCCUGGAACAUCGGUGCCAACGAUGUUGCCAACUCAUGGGCCUCGUCAGUCUCAUCACGGUCCAUAUCUUACGUCCAGGCUAUGAUCGGUGCCAGUUUGAUGGAGUUCAGUGGUGCGCUCGGCGUUGGUGGUCGUGUCGCAGAUACCAUUCGAACCAAGGUCGUCGACGUCAAUGCGUUCGAGGAGAAGCCUGAGCUUCUUAUGCUUGGUAUGGUUUGCGCUGUCAUCGCCUCCUCCUGCUAUCUUACCAUGGCCACCCGGUUCGGUAUGCCCGUCUCAACUACCCACUCUAUUCUCGGUGGUGUCUUGGGUAUGGGCAUUGGCGCUUUGGGCAAUACCGGUAUUACUUGGGUUGGGUAUAACAAGGAUGGCUCCGUCGAUAUCAAGGGAGGAGUCGUCCAGGUCUUCCUGGCCUGGGUUAUCGCGCCUGUUCUGUCAGGUAUCUUUGGCGCCGUCAUCUUCCUCAUCACCAAGUAUGGCGUGCUUCUGCGGUCCAACCCAACCAUGAAGGGUCUGAUCCUUGUCCCCAUCUACUUCUGGAUUACAGCUUCCCUCAUUGUCAUGUUGCUGAUUUGGAAGGGCGGUGACUAUGAGGUCAAGUUGACGGAUGCUCAGAUUCCUGGCGUUAUUGUCGCUGCUGGUGCUGCGUGGGGUCUGCUGGUCUCCUUCUUCCUCGUCCCUUGGCUGUACCGUGUUGUCAUCAGGGAGGAUUGGCAGCUCAAGUGGUGGCACAUUUUCCAAGGCCCAUUGCUUCUCCGCCGUGGUGAGGUGCCACCUGCUCCAGAGAACUUCACAGGUGUUGUUCGUAACUUUUACGAGGGACAUCUGACCCGAGAGGAGCUUGAAGCCCGACGGGCUCGCGCUCGCGCGGACGCGUCUGACGAUAUUGAGGGCCAGCAAGAGAAGACUGUUGCUUCGUCUGAUAUUUCUCAGGAUGCUGGCCAGCGUCCUGAAUAUAAGCACAAGUCGAUUGUUGGACCUAAGCCUGAUGCUGUUUGGUAUUCUAGUGCUGGACUAUGGUGGUGGUUCAAGUGGGUUCUUCUCCGCGGCAUCGACCAGGAUGUCAUCAGCGCUCAGAGCGAGAAGUCUGUCAUUGCAGGUGAUGUCGAGGAGAUUCACGCCCGUGCCCAUCAUUUUGACAACAAGGCCGAGUUUCUGUAUACGUUCCUCCAAAUCAUGACUGCAGCUGCUGCCUCCUUCACCCACGGUGCCAACGAUGUCGCCAACGCUGUCGGUCCUUAUGCCACGAUCUAUCAGAUUUGGAACAGCGGAAAAAUCCCCAAGAAGACACAGGUUGACCUCUGGAUUCUCGCCUUUGGAGGUGCUGGCAUAGUUAUUGGUCUCUGGACAUAUGGUUACCAUAUCAUGCGCAACUUGGGUAAUCGCGUCACUCUGAUGUCUCCAUCUCGUGGGUUUUCCAUGGAAUUGGGGUCUGUCAUUACCGUGAUUAUGGCCACCCGUCUCAAGCUUCCCGUCUCCACCACCCAGUGCAUCACUGGCGCCAUUGUAGGUGUAGGUCUUUGCAACGGUGAUUGGCGUGCUAUCAACUGGCGCAUGGUUGCUUGGAUCUAUCUCGGAUGGAUUAUUACUGUGCCUACGGCUGGCUUGAUCUCUGGUAUUCUCAUGGGUUUCAUUACCUUUGCUCCCCAUUGGUAG